CCGUAUAGAAUAAAUGCACACAGAGCUGUGGUUGACAGGUUGAGUGAGUUGGGAGUGAAGUAAUUUAGCAAAUAAAAAAAGUGAGUGUGAAUUAUGUUAGCUGCCAUUUUCACAACAUCCAGACUAUUCCCUAACUUCAAGCCUUCCCUCUCAACCUUCUCACUUGUACGGACGCUCUCUCCCUCCUCCGCUUCUCGCUUCCAAGUCCGAUCAAUGGCCUCCUCUUCUCCCUUCAAGAAAAUCCAGAUUCAGAGAGAAGACACUGCAUUUGAUGCGUAUGUGGUUGGCAAAGAAGAUGCUCCUGGGAUUGUUGUGCUUCAAGAGUGGUGGGGUGUUGACUUUGAAAUCAAAAACCAUGCUGAGAAAAUUUCUCAACUUGGCCCUGGAUUUAAAGCACUUAUCCCAGAUUUGUAUCGGGGAAAGGUUGGUUUGGAUGUUGCAGAAGCACAACACUUGAUGGAUGGUCUUGAUUGGCAAGGUGCCGUGAAGGAUAUCCGUGCUUCAGUUAACUGGCUUAAAGCAAAUGGUUCAAAGAAGGUGGGUGUAACUGGUUUUUGCAUGGGGGGUGCUCUCUCUAUUGCAAGUUCUGUUCUCGCACCUGAGGUUGAUGCUGUUGUUGCUUUUUAUGGAGUUCCUUCAUCAGAACUUGCAGACCCUGCCCAGGCUAAGGCUCCUGUUCAGGCCCAUUUUGGGGAGCUUGAUAACUUUGUUGGCUUUUCAGAUGUGACGGCUGCCAAGGCUUUGGAGGAGAAGUUGAAAGCAUCAGGAGUUCCAUAUGAGGUACACAUUUAUCCAGGCAAUGCACAUGCAUUCAUGAACAGGUCUCCAGAAGGUCUGAAGAGGAGGAAGGGCAUGGGAUUGCCUGAUGAGGAUGAAGCUUCGGCUGAGCUGGCUUGGUCUCGCUUCCAGUCUUGGAUGACUCGUUACUUAUCUGCAUAAGUAUGUCUUGUCAUAUGCACUUCUACCUUGAACACCAGCCUUCGUUGUAGUGGACAUGUUCAAACCCCAAGUAUGCCGUUUGUUCUCUUUUGGUAAUAAUGGAUGCAACUCUGAGGAUUUACUUGGUGUGGAAAUAUAUAAUUUCCAAAACGAUUUAGUUUACUUUGUAAUUAUGUAAAGGACAAGGUUUGGAGAAAAACUUUUCAAACUCCUUGCAUGUUUUUGGAUUUGAUGUAAAUUCUGAAAAUUUAACCGUUGAAUUGCA